GUAAUUAGCUUAUAACUACGAUACUACGAGUUAUAUCUAAACUUUCUCCUUCACUGCUUGACAAAGCUACUGAAAGGUGAAAGGCUGAAAGCUACCACUUAACAGCCAGUUCAGGCGUUAACUACCUGCCUGCCUUCUUUUCCGUUCUUGGUUUUCAUUUUUCUUUUAUUUCUCCGUUGAAUUCUAACAUUUGUGGCCUGUGGCUGUUCGAUCUCUGCUUCUGCAGUCACAGAGGAGAAAAAUAUAAGAAACUUUACGAGUGGCUUUCGAUUCAAGUCCCAAUUUUGAUCAUCUGAUGCCUCAUCAUUUGGGUUGAUUGCCAAAACCCAUCACCAAUUCUCAUCUUUCUUCUUCCUCAAACUCAAACUGUAAAUGCAGCAAGCUCACUUACCUUUGUUCUUCCUCUUGAAAAUUUAAUUUAUCCAUUCCCCUCCACCUCCAUCGCAAAACCCAGAAGCAAAAUUGACUCUUUUUUCUUCUUAAUUCUAAAAUUCUCCGCCGUUGAGACCAGAAGAUACAGAACCAAUUAUGGGUUGCACGCAAUCAAAGAUCGAGAGUGAAGAAGCUGUGGUGCGUUGCAAAGAACGGAAGCGAUUCAUGAGAGAAGCCGUAUCAACGCGCGGCGCUUUCGCUGCCGCCCACGUUAACUACUACAUGUCCCUGAAGAGCACCGGAGGUGCCCUCAGUGAGUACGCUCAAUACGAAGCCCAAGACCAUCGCUCCUCCCAGCCUCUCACUCAACACCCUAUCGAAACCCUCCCACCACCUCCUCCUCUCCCCAAUUUUCCCCCACCCCCUCUUCAACGUGCAGUCACCAUGCCUGAAUUCUCCAUUCCCAGGGUCGACCCCAGACCGACCGACACAAUCCAAGAAGAAGACGAAGCUGAUAUGGAAGACGAGAGCAACCUUAUCCGCCGUGGCAGCCGUGGUGCUGCUAGAACUGCCGAAACGGCAGACCCACCACGUCUGCCGUCGCCACCCCCGCCCCCACCGCCAACUAGCACUCCACCGCUUGACAACCCUGUGCCACCUCCACCGGAGCACAGCGAUACCACCUGGGACUACUUCUUUUCGGCCCAUACUCUCAGACCAUCUUUAAGUGAAGCAGAGGAGAUCAAACCUGAAAAUAAGGAAGAUGACGGCGAAGAACAUGAUAGCGAAUCUAAUUUUAAGGAAAAUUUUGUUGCUGAUGGUGAUGUUGGGAAUAAGGUGGAGCCUCGGAUGCAGGAGAAAGUAGAUGACCCUCCGGUGAAGCUUAUGAAGAAACCAAAGCAAGUGGUUCAUUUACAUUCGCCAUCCAUGGAGGCUAAGAGAAUAGGCAAAGUGCCGAAUGCCAAUUUUUCGCAGAUACUGUCUGACAUUGAUGAUCAUUUCCUCAAGGCGUCUGAGAGUGCCCAGGAAGUGUCUAAGAUGCUGGAAGCCAAUAGGUUGCAUUACCAUUCUAAUUUUGCUGAUAAUCGAGGCCUUAUUAACCAUUCUGCAAAGGUUAUGCGUGUUAUUACAUGGAAUAGGUCCUUCAAAAGCUUGGCUAAUGUUGAUGAUGAGACAGAUGAAUUAGAUUCAGAAGUGAAUGAAACUCAUGCAGCUGUGUUGGACAAGUUGCUAGCAUGGGAGAAGAAGCUUUAUGAUGAAGUAAAGGCAGGUGAAAUCAUGAAACUUGAGUAUCAGAGAAAAGUUACUUUGCUAAAUAAACAGAAGAAGCGUGGUACAAAUCCUGAAGCAUUGGAGAAAACAAAGGCUGCAGUUAGUCAUUUGCAUACAAGGUACAUAGUUGACAUGCAAUCCUUGGAUUCAACUGUUGCAGAAAUAGAACGUUUACGCGAUGAACAACUAUACCCAAAACUUGUUGCUCUUGUUGAUGGGAUGGCCCAAAUGUGGGAAGCAAUGCAUGUAAAUCAUGCUAGACAGAUGAGACUUGCUGUAGACCUCAAAGACAUCGACAUCUCCCAAGAAACCAAGGAGACAAGCAGGCAACACUAUGAACGUACAAGGCAACUGUUUCAUGUUGUCCAAGAAUGGCAAGCCCAACUCCAGAAGGUCAUAACCCAUCAGAAGGAGUACAUUCAAGCUCUCAGUAGCUGGUUGAAACUGAAUCUGAUCCCCAUCGAGAGUAGCUUGAAGGAGAAGGUGUCAUGUCCACCUAAGGUCCCUUGCACCCCCAUCCAGCCCCUCUUGCAAGCGUGGGGUGAGCAACUUGGGAAACUUCCAGAUGGUGUUGCCAGAUCAGCAGUAGGUACAUUUGCAGCUAGCAUCGAGGCAAUUAUGGUUCAGCAGAUGGAUGAGAUGAAACUGAAGGAGAAAUGGGAGGAGACCAGUAAGGAGCUUGAACGCAGGGAGAAGCAUUUGAUGGAAGCACGUCAGAAGUACAUGGAGCGAAGGACGCCACCUGAUGAGAUGGACCCAGAUAAUGCUGACAGGGAUCCUUUUGAAGACAAGCAGUUUAUUGUUGAUAGCCUAAGGAAAAGGUUGGAAGAGGAGAAAGAAGAGCACCAGAAGAACUAUAGGCAAGUGAGGGAAAAGUCAUUGGUUAACCUCAAGAUUCACUUGCCUGAGCUCUGCCGGGCCAUGUCAGAUUUCUCUCGUGAUUGUUCCAUGCUAUACAAGGAAUUGAAGUCCAUUUCAAUCUCAGCAUCCCACUGAGAGCUUGUCUUGAGAAUAUUGUAAGCCAUGUAUAAGUAUAGCUAGCAUAUCUGCAAAUUCAUAUUGUGCGACUUCCUGCUUUUUUCUUGCAGUCUGUCAGGGGUCAUACAGAAGCCAUUUACUUUGUACAUGCCAUUGUUUCCCAAGUUUCCAGUUCAGAACAUCCAAGGCACUCAUCAAUAAACAUCAACAGUACUUUGUUGUUUUUGUGGUAAAACAAACAGUUGUUGAAGAGAAACUUGUUAAAGCUUCAUGUGCA